AUGGCGGGCGAUAAUUUGAAGUCGUGGGUUUCCGACAAACUGAUGGUUGUGCUUGGCUAUUCGCAACCUGCUGUCAUUGAGUAUCUCAUUGCAAUGGCUAAGAGUUCAAGAUCACCUUCUGAGCUAGUGCCCCGGUUGGUGGAUUACGGGUUUUCAUCCAUUGAUGCUCUUUCAUUUGCAGAAGCCAUAUGUGCUAAAGCGGUUGCUGUAAAUAUUUACCAGCAAGAGGAAACAGAGGCAGCAAGGUUAGCUAAAAAGCAUAAAACAGAUGUUGGUGAAGUCUCUGUGGAGACGAAAUCUUGUGAUUCUAGAAAGCCUGACAAAGGAAACAAAAAGUACAGAAAGAAAAGUUUGAAAUCAGAAGAUGAAGAUGACAAGAUGGAUGUUCAAGAAGACGAUAGGCGUGUCAUGGGAGAGUUAUCCCAGGAGGCAGACUCAGAGGUAUGUCUGAUGGCUUGCAUAGUGUUCUGGGUCACGGAGAAUCUAACAACUAUAUAUCUCUCUUCAGAAGAGGAUAGAUUACAAGACCAGAGGGAGAGAGAGGAACUGGAGCAUCAUAUCAGAGAAUAUGAUACUACACGGACACGAAAGUUAUCAGAACCCAGCAUAGCUAAACAAGAGAAAGGAGAGGCUGUUCGAAGAGCCAAUGCUCUGGAAAGGAGUGACAUUGCAUCUUUAAGAAUAGCCUCGAGACAAGAGUAUUUGAAGAAAAGGGAAAAGCAAAAGCUGGAAGAACUGAAGGAUGAGAUAGCAGAUGAGCAAUAUCUUUUCGGAAGUGAAAAGCUCACCGAGAUAGAAAGUAACGAAUUCAGAUACAAGAAAGAGCUCUACGAUCUUGUGAUCAAAAGAACACAUGAAGACGCUAAUACUGAUGAGUAUAUUAUGCCAGAUGCUUAUGAUCAAGAUGGAGGCGUUGAUCAGGAGAAGAGAUUUUCUGUUGUUGUAGAUCCAAAGAAGGACGUGGAUUCAAUCCAAAAAAUGAACCCUUUUGCCGAGCAAGAAGCUUGGGAGGAUCAUCAGAUUGGAAAAGCAACACUAAGUUUUGGCGCAAAGAACAAACAAGCGUCCGAUGAUUAUAAGUUUGUACUUGAGGAUCAAAUAGACUUCAUAAAGGCAUCUGUGUUGGCUGGUGAAAAUUAUGAAGAUGAGAUGCUUCCAGUAACAGGUCAAUCUUUUUCGAGAAAAUCAUCUUUCGAGAUGCUGAUGAAAGAAAAACGCUGCCAAUUUGUUCAUUUCGUGAUCAACUGCUUAAGGCUAUUGAAGAUCAUCAGGAAAGACUACACAAAUACCACAAUAUCUCAUGAAGCUGGUUACACGAAGCACGGGAAGGUUGGCUGUACGCAGCCUCGAAGAAUUGCAACUAUGAGUGUAGCUGCACGCGUUGCUCAGGAGAUGGGUGUCAAAUUAGGACACGACGUUGGCUAUUCUGUUCGAUUCGAGGAUUGCACUUCAGAGAAAACCGUCCUCAAGUAUAUGACUGAUGGAAUGUUGUUGCGUGAGCUACUUGGGGAACCAGAUUUGGCGAGUUACAGUGUCAUUAUUGUGGAUGAGGCGCAUGAAAGAACUCUGUCAACCGACAUACUAUUUGGAUUAGUGAAGGAUAUGGCACGGCUUCGACCAGAACUGAAGUUAUUGAUAUCCAGUGCAACAAUGGAUGCAGAGAAAUUUUCUAAUUAUUUUGACGCUGCCCCAAUCUUUAUUUUCCCAGGAAGAAGGUUUCCAGUUGACAUUAGCUUUGUAGCUGCACCUGAAGCUGAUUACUUGGAUGCAGCACUAGUAACUGUUCUUCAGAUACAUGUAAGCGAGCCACUUGGAGAUAUUUUGGUCUUCCUCCCUGGUCAAGAGGAAAUUGAAAAUGUAGAAGAAACUUUGAAGAACAAGAUAAGAGGUUUUGGUACAAAGAUUCGUGAACUCAUUAUAUGCCCAAUCUAUGCGAACCUUCCAAGUGAAAUCCAAGCCAAAGUAUUUGAACCAACACCCGAAGGGGCUCGUAAGGUAGUUCUAGCAACAAAUAUUGCCGAAACAUCACUUACCAUUGAUGGUAUCAAGUACGUUGUAGAUCCAGGAUUUUGUAAGAUCAAAUCGUAUAACCCGAGAAAUGGGAUGGAAUCUUUGCUGGUAACACCUAUCUCCAAGGCUUCGGCAAUGCAGCGAACUGGCCGAGCUGGAAGAACUAGCCCAGGGAAGUGUUUUCGGCUGUACACAGCUUAUAAUUUCCAGAAGGAUAUGGAGGACAAUACGGUACCAGAGAUACAAAGGACAAAUCUUGCAAGUGUUGUACUGGCUUUGAAGAGUCUUGGAAUUGAUGAUCUGUUGAACUUUGAUUUCAUGGACCCUCCCCCUGCUGAAGCACUUGUUAAGGCUUUGGAACUACUCUUUGCUCUCGGUGCUCUAAAUAAAUUAGGUGAACUGACCAAAGUUGGGAGAAAGAUGGCUGAGUUUCCCCUUGAUCCUAUGUUGUCGAAAAUGAUUGUUGCUUCUGAGAAAUACAUGUGCUCUGAUGAGAUAAUCUCUAUUGAUGCUAUGUUGUCUGUGGGAAGUUCUAUCUUCUACCGUCCCAAGGACAAGCAAGUUCAUGCUGACAAUGCGAGGUUGAAUUUUCACGCCGGAAAUGUCGGAGAUCACAUUGCUUUGCUAAAGGUUUAUAAUUCGUGGAAGGAAACAAACUACUCCACUCAGUGGUGCUAUGAGAACUACAUUCAAGUCAGGAGCAUGAAAAGAGCCAGGGAUAUCCGUGACCAGUUAGAGAGGCUUCUCGAGAGAGUGGAAAUAAAAGUCAGCAGUAACUUUCACAACUUGGAUUUAGUAAGGAAGUCCAUCGUAGCAGGUUUUUUCCCUCAUACCGCUAAGCUACAGAAGAAUGGAUCAUAUCGAACUGCAAAACAUCCCUUGACAGUGCAUAUAUAUCCCAGCUCAGGCUUAUCUCAAGUUUUACCCAGGUGGGUUGUAUACCAUGAACUUGUCCUUACCUCUAAGGAAUAUAUGCGACAGGUAACUGAGUUAACACCAAACUGGUUGGUUGAGAUAGCUCCUCACUACUAUCAGCUUAAGGAUGUUGAAGAUGGUGCAUCCAAGAGAUUGCCCAAAGCAACUGGACGAGCUUUGGCUUAG